GCUACGAGGAAGUCGCCACUGGGAGAGUGUCGCGCCCACAUGGAGCAAAGCUGGAGACACACAGCAGCCGCCGCUGCCCUUUUGGCCCUGGUGCUUUGGGCCUCGGGCUGUGGCUCCUCUCCGGAAGAGACAGCGAGGCGCUCUGCCUUCAACAGCAAAGUUGACCGUCUACUGGUUGAGGAACCCUUGGACCCCAAAUGUUUCACCGAAUGGCUGGAAGACCUAGUCUGUUUCUGGGAGACAUCAGAACUGCCAAAGGAGGGAGACAACCAGACCACAUACAUCUUUGGUUACAAGUUUGAUGAUGAAACCUCUCUGAAUCUGUGCAAUUUGACUGUGGAGAACACGCCCCGGAAUACCACACGUUACACUUGCAUCUUUCCAAGGAAGUAUGUUUCAGCCUUCGCUGCCCUUGAGAUCAAGAUCUUUAAUGAGCGCUCCCCCAGCAGCACUCUGUACCUCAGAUCUAUCUGGGUGAACAAAAUAGUUUUUUUGGAUUCUCCUUCUAACCUGACUGUGCACCUGAUGGAGCCUCCGGGACAGCUGAAUCUGAGCUGGCACCCCCCUUCCUUUCCACUGAUGGAGAAGCAGAUCCGCUACGAGGUGAUCAUUUCCCAUGUGGGUUUCAAACCCCAGAAGAGGUAUGUUGAAAAUGGACAGACAUAUUUGAUCAUCAGUGGCCUGAAAAGCCAGGGCUGGUACACAUUGAGCGUGCGGGCCAAGCCUGAUGGAAUCAGCUACGAUGGCUACUGGAGUGCACAGUCAAAGGCCGUGACAGUAGAGAUGCCCGGUGGUUCAGACCCUCUCAUCCUGACACUGUCUAUACUUCUGGUGCUGAUUGUACUGCUCUUGGCCUUCAUUGCCCUGAUGUCCAAUCGCAGAUUUUUGAAGAAGAAGAUCUGGCCUGCGAUUCCCACCCCAGAGCAUGAAUUCAAGGACCUUUUUACAAUCUACAAGGGGAACUUCCAGCUCUGGCUGGGGCAUCAGAGUGCCUACCUGUGGUGGAGUCAGAACCCGCCCUAUCUGGACGAGCAGCCUUUCUUGGUGGAAAUACUAUCUGAAUGUGACAGCCGCAAGGUGGAUGGGCCUCCACCUCCUCUUCCUCCCAAGGCCUGGGGCUUGGCGGAGCUCCCCCCUUCCCCAGAAUUAUCCCAAGAUGAUUACCUGGUCCUGGAUGAGGACUUUGUGCCUUGCAGCCCAGGAGAGAUUGCCCCCCUGCUCCUGCUGAACAGUGACAACAGUGAGGGCAAAAACCUGGCCCUUGCUGAAGGAACAGGCACCCCGGAGCCCAGCCAGGCUUCCUCUGGCUUUGAGUACACAGUGUUUGAUCCCAGCUCAGAGAGCCUUUCCCCACAGAACCAGCAGACAGAGCUGCCCCAGCUCAAGAGCAGCUAUCAGAUGACGUCCGAUUCUGGGAUUUCUGCCGACUACACCCCUGUAGGCUCCAGUGCCUGCCCGACAAGCUUGUACACCAACCUCUGUGAGGGAGGGCUCCAGCCACAGCCCUUCCUGCCCACCUAUAUUGUGUGCUCAUAGCAAUGACAAGCAGGCACAGAGCCAAUCCUCAGCCUAGAAGAAUGGAGGCAGCAAGAGGCUAGCCACAGAACUUGGCUCCCUCUUCUUUCCUGGUUCUAGAAAAACUCCAAAGGAAGCCAGUGGGGGGAGCCAGGUCAAAAGUGGGGCACCACGUCAAAAGCACCAGGUGGCUCCAAGUAGCUCCUGUGGGAGGGAGAAAGGCUGCAAAGUGGAUGGCCAGGUGACCAUGAAUGGAGAAAGAACAGCCAACCCACAAAACAGACUUGGGGGCAUGCUUGCGUCCAUGACUUCUUUGACUCUCUGGGUAGUACUUUUAGUGUUACAAGUGCUGCAAUGUCAUUCCCUCAUUUCUGCUCACAGGAGGCCCUUCAUCUCAUUGAGCAGAGCUGAAAGUCGGCCACUGAGCCCAGCUAACCUAGUGAGUGAGUUGAUGGCAUGGCCCACCCAUGCUACUGAUAGGCUUGGGGCUUGAGACAGGCUAGAACUCAGGACUUGGGGAAGUCUCUUGAAAGAGAGAGGAAUUCAGGGUUCAGAAGAACGUGGUCUUCAUCUGUAAUGUGGACUUUCCCCAUCUGUAAAAUGGGGAUAAAAACUGCUGACUGUAAAAUGCCAUGAGGCUAUUGCCUCACUUUAGCUGGAAUAAGCACAUUAACCCUUGAAGAGAGCAGCCCUAGCAAUCAGAGGCCUAAAUCCCACCAGCUGUCUAUUGCCAGGCAAGGGCUGGUGAUUCUGUGUAAUUUAGAAGAUUGUUUACUCAGCGAUGACAUGUGAUAUUCACAUUGUUCAGGGAAAACUGGUCAAGAUCCUGGACUUUCAGUGUGCUCACACUUUCCUUUGAAGGCAGGGAUCAUCAUCAUUUCCUUUGAAGGCAGGCAUUAUUUCAGACCAGAGAAGUUUCUGCACUGGGACUGCAACUCAACUCUCACAGAUGUCUGCCUAAUGUUCCUUUGUAUGUAUGUAUCAGAAUUCAGGUUGGAUGUGUACAUAUACAUGUAUAAGCCACUUAAUGGCGCAGUGGGCAAGUAAGCUGCCUAGAGAGCAGGAGGCUGUUGGUUCCCAGAAUAUGGGAAACUCCUAUAUCAGGCAGCAGUGAUAUAGGAAGGUGCUGAAAGGCAUCUCAUACUGCCUGGGAGAUGGCAGUGGCAAACCCCUCCUGUAUUCUACCAAAGAAAAACACAGGGCUCUGUGAUUGCCAGGAGUUGACCAACUUGAUGGCACAACCUUUCCUUUCCUUUUUAUAUAUACAUGUAUAGAUUUUAUAUAGAUUUUUUUAAAAGACUUUAUGUGGUUUUUUAAAAAACAAAUAAAAGUGAGACAGCUUUUAUUCA